AUGAACCCACAACCGAACGCUGCUUUACUUCACGAUGUGGACAUACCGACGAAGAAGGCGACCUUCGGGAUGGGCUGUUUCUGGUCCAGUGAUUCUCUUUUUGGGGCUACAAACGGCGUCAUUCGAACAAGAGUAGGAUACGCUGGUGGUACUACUAAGAAUCUCAAUAAAACAAACAUAGGUGACCACACAGAAGUAAUAGAGUUAGAUUACGAUCCGGAAACCGUCACGUACGAGGAACUACUUGACAAGUUCUGGGCCAACAAUGAGUAUGGGCUUACCACAAAGAAAAAAACACAGUACCAAUCUAUGAUACUAUAUCACGACGAAGAACAGCGCCUGCUCGCGGAGGCUUCUCACAAAGCAAUGCAAGCCCGUCACAACGAGCCACUAAGUACAGUAAUAGCGCCUGCCGGUGAUUUUUAUCCCGCAGAAGAUUACCAUCAGAAACACCGAUUGCAAGGACACAAAGAUCUCUGCCGAAGCCUGAACCUCGAUUCUUCAAAGCUACAGACCUCACACUUGGCGGCCAGACUCAACGGGUACCUCGUAGGUGUUGGCGGGGUGGCACAGUUCGAUGAGGAGGUCGGUCGUCUAGGCUUGAAUGAAAAACAGGCAGAAUAUGUCCGCCGUGAAUUAGAACGCAAUCAAGGCGGAGGACUUUCGUGCUAAAUGAUAGACAAAAGAGUACAAAGUUCCAUACAUUGCUAAAGAACAUUAUAUACACAUUUAUUAAACGUGUGCU